AUGGAACGGUGCCAACUCUAUGAUUUGGGGUAUAGGGGCCCAAAAUUUACUUGGAGUAACAAGAGGGAGGAUGGCCAGUUUAUUAUGGAGAGACUGGACCGAGCUAUUGCCAAUCAAGCUUGGAUGAAUUCGUUCCAAAAUUAUUGUGUUGAGGUACUGGCAAAUCAAACUUCAAAUCAUGCUCCGAUUUAUGUACAGCUUCAUACAGCAAUGCGUGGCCAAAGAAGAGUGAAGAAGCGAUUUUUCUAUGAAGCUGGGUGGGGAAAACAACAAAGCCAUAGCAACAUCAUACAAUUGGUUUGGAGGGAAAAUAAUUUUUUCUCUAACCCAUGGCAUUCUUUUUUGGCUAAGGUGGAGAGGUGUAAAAGGGUGAUUAAAAAGUGGCAAGUCAAGGAGAAAGGUCAGGCUAAACAACAAAUUCAGAAGAAAACGGAGCAGUUGAAGAUGUUGCAAAUGGCUGAGACUCAACCAGAUGGGGGAGAAAAUUACCAUGUUGCAGCAAGAAGUGAAUGA